AUGCUGGCUCGCACCAGGCUUCAUGAGAUCGUCUUGAGAUCCAGCCUUCUUCCUUCGGUGUGCAUCUCAGCUGCGGUAGCAACCGAAUAUUAUCUCGAAUGUGACAGCGAGGGACCAUGGGUGGGUAGAUAG